AUGACCGAAUACCAACUACACGAAUUACCUUUACCCGUCCCUUCACCUGCUUCUCCUUCUGGUUCUAGUCUUACGGGGAAGAAACACUCGAUAACUGAUAUCACCAUAUCCAUACCUGGCUCCAAAAUACGUACCAAUACUAAUACAACUACAACAACACAGCAUUCGAUACCGAGAUGGAACACCUUGGAGUUUCGAUUGUACGCACUGGUAUUUGUAGUGGUCGUACCGAUGAUGAUUUGGAUACCGAUCAAACUGAGUUUACCUUCACAUCCUAAUUAUUGGAAUUAUGAACAUCGACUAUCAGAGGGAUGGUUUGGGUAUAAAGUGGAUAACAGCGAUGCUCAAUAUCGAUCCUUCCGAUCCAACCUCCUCCCUCUCCUUACACUCUCAUCAAUCUACCUUAUCCUCUCUCACUUAUUUCCUAGACUUACCGGUCCUUCUCCACAGCAAAGAGUCAAGUUCAUACUUGGAUUUUCCAUCUCCAUGAUAAUCCUCUUACAUGGAUUCUCAUCAAUCAAAAUUCUCCUUAUCCUCUCAUUGAAUUACUAUAUCUCCAAAUUACCUUUACACGGCGGAUUGAAGAAAGUAUGGCCAGCUGUGUUGAUCGUAUUGAAUAUGGGGGUUUUAUUUGUUAAUGAGAGGAAUGACGGGUAUAAGUUUGGAGAUCUGCACGCUGCGCUAGGGACACUUGACAACUGGAGUGGCCUCCUACCACGUUGGCAUAUAAGUUUUAAUAUCACGAUGAUGAGGAUGGUUUCGUUCGGUAUGGAUUAUCUAUGGAGAGAACAGAAUACGAAUCAAGAGGUUCCAACUGAAUAUCGAAAACGAGUGAACACUUCACUACCUUCUGAGGAUUAUAAUUACAUAAAUUACCUUGCAUACUGUUUAUAUCCACCUUUAUACAUCGCUGGACCAAUUAUCACUUUCAACGAUUUUAUCUGGCAGAUACGCAAUCCCACAUCAAUACCCACCAAAUCGAAAAUAUCAUACGGAAUCAGAUUCUUAUUCUCGAUACUUACGAUGGAAUCCGUAUUACAUACGAUGUACGUCGUAGCUAUAAAAGAUACGAAAGCUUGGCAAGGCGAUUCACCGGCUGAGAUGAGUAUGAUCGGGUUUUGGAAUUUGGUGGUGGUUUGGUUAAAGCUCCUCAUUCCAUGGCGAUUCUUUAGACUUUGGGCUUUGUUAGAUGGAAUGGACCCACCUGAAAAUAUGAUCAGAUGUGUGGCGAACAAUUAUUCGACUUUAGGAUUUUGGAGGAGUUGGCAUAGGAGUUAUAAUCUUUGGGUUGUUAGAUACAUCUAUAUCCCCGUUGGUGGUUCAAAGAAUACCAUCCUAGCUACGGCAUUAGUAUUCACCUUUGUCGCAUUAUGGCAUGACUUGUCUUUCAAGCUGUUAGCUUGGGGAUGGUUGGUCAGUUUGUUUAUCCUACCUGAAUUAUCAGCAAGGAAGGUGUUCAAAGAGAGUAAAUAUGGACAACAAUGGUAUUACAGACAUUUAUCUGCGAUCGGAGGAGUGUUCAAUAUACUGUUAAUGAUGUCUGCGAACUUGGUUGGAUUUGUCUUGGGAUUAGAGGGGAUGAAAGUUUUGCUAGUCGAGUUGACAUCUACCAUAUCGGGUUGGGUAUUUAUGGUUUUUGCUAGUUGCUGUUUGUUCGUAGCUGUACAGGUCAUGUUUGAGUACCGGGAGGAGGAGAGACGGAGAGGUAUCGAUAGACGGUGUUGA